UUUAUGAUAGCUACAUGUCAUUUUCAUAUACGCCUAACCAGGCUGAAGGCUAUGAUUGAAGUUAUGUUGCCGAUCCAGAUUGUGUUCUACACAUCGGUUGUCUAAAACACCCCUCCCCUUCCUCCCCUCACUUCAUUUGCUUUCCAACAACUGACGGCAGUCAAGAGGCCACUGAACCCAAAUUGCAGAAGCCCUAAUUAAGAGGAAUGGGGGUGAAUGUUCCGAGAAUCAAGCUGGGGUCGCAGGGGCUCGAGGUCUCCAAACAAGGCCUCGACUGCAUGGGCAUGUCAGCCAGCUAUGGCCAGCGGAAGCCCGAAGAUGAGAUGAUCCAAUUUAUACACCACGCCAUCAACUCCGGCGUCACGUUUCUCGACACCUCCGACGCCUACGGUCCCCACACCAACGAAAUUCUUAUUGGAAAGGCUUUAAAAAGGGGUUGAGGGAGAAAGUGCAAAUUGCUUCAAACUGGUUCCUUUUCUGCUUCGUAUUGUGCCA